AUGCUGGAACGGACGCGCACCCCUCCGCCCUCAGUCUCGCAAUUGGAGCAUGAUGAUCUGACCUCGGUCACGCCGCAGAACUUCUCCGACAUCCCGCCAGUCCUGCACUGGCAAGGACCGGCCGAGGUCGAGAUGAACGUGCCGAGCUGGACGUCGUGGUCCAAGACGACCGGCACACUGUUCGUCACGGAGCACACCAUUGAGGGCGACGCGGGACAGGGCUGGACGCUGCCGUACCAGGAUCUGACGCUUCAUGCUCUGACGCCGGCGGGAGCGACGCCAGCGCACAUCUACUGUCAGGUUGACGACUCGCCGCCCGCCAACGGCGCUCCUGCUGAAGAGGAAGAGUUUAUGACGCUGGCCGAGAUGCGGAUCUACGUCGCCGAGGACCAACUGCAACCUCUCUUCUCGGCCCUCUCUCGCUGCUCGGCGCUGCACGAGUCCCUGCUGCCGGACGGAACGCCAAACAACUUCUUCGGCCUCGCCGACGACUCGGAGGGCGACGACGAGGACGAGGAGGAAGAGCAAGAUGGAGACGACGGCGAGAUCGGAAGGGCCGAGGAUGGCGAGGACGAGGGGCAAGACCCCGUCGAGGCGUUCCUGGACAAGGUGGAUUGGGGCAAUGUGCCCCCGCCCGAGGGGUGGAAUGCGGCCCAGUUCGAUGAUGCUGAGGAGCCCGAAGCCGAUAAGAAGUAG